AUGGCAAGUUUGAUGGCGCUGUUCAAUCAUAAAAGCAGAGCGCACCGACCCGAGCAUCACAGUGUGCCUGAGCUUCCCAUCCGAGACGCAUCUCUCCGCACAGCAUCGCCUGCCCGACGCCAGUCACUCUUCUCGACGAGCAUCUUCACGUCAACCAACUCCGUCAACAUGCCUGGACACGAUUUGGACUUAUACUUCAACACCGCCCUCGGCCUCGCCAAGGAAGCCGGCAAGAUCGUCAAGGAGGGUUUCCUGACCUCCAAGAACGUGGUGGCCAAGGCCGUCUCUUGGGACUUUGUCACCGAGUACGACCAGGCGUCCGAGAAGUUCCUCAUCUCUGGCCUGGCCAAGGCCUUCCCCGCCCACAAGUUCAUCGGCGAGGAGACCGUGAGCGGCAGCAACGAGGAGCCCGUCCUGACCGAGGAGCCCACCUGGGUCAUCGACCCCAUCGACGGAACCACCAACUUCGUGCACGGCUUCCCCCUGACGUGCAUCUCCAUCGCCCUGGCCAUCAACAAGGAGGUCGUCCUCGCCAUUGUGUACAACCCUGUCUACGACCACAUGUUCACCGCAAGGAAGGGCCAAGGCGCCUACCUCAACGGCGAGAGGAUCUACGCUUCAAAAGAAACCGACAUCAGCAGAGCUGUAGUCGCCCUGGAGCUUUCACUUGCCAGAGAUCCUAAGCUUCACGACAAGAUCAUGAACAGGGCUAAGAGCAUCAUCUCCACCGCCACUGGCAUCCGUGUGACUGGUUCCUGCGCUCUAUCCCUCUGCUACGUGGCCUUAGGAAGCUUCGAAGCCUACCAAGUUGACCACCUCCACAGCUGGGACGUCGCAGCAGGCUCUCUCAUCAUCACCGAGGCUGGCGGUGUUGUGGUAGACACCAGUGGAGACAAGUUCGACAUGAUGGCACACCGAAUUCUGGCUGCAGGCACACCCCAAAUUGCUGAGUCUCUAUCAUCACUCAUCAAGAAGGCAGAUGGUGAAAUGAAAGCUAUUGCCAGCUAAUCCUUUGAACUCUGUGAUAUUAUAUGUAGGAUUUUCUCCUGAACUGCGAUAAUUUGCCUCUGUGAGGUCUGUACAAACUGAUAGAUAUAUAAUUUUAAUUUUAGUCAUAAUGUAACACCAUCUCAUGUACGGCAUAAGAUUUGUGUUAAAUUUUAAAUUGAAGACUGCACUUUUAUACAUAUGAUUUAUAAUAAACUCGAGUAUUUUUAAA